GACGUACUUCCAUUUCAAAGAUGGACUUCCGAAAGCAAAUGUAGCAGAAUAGCCCGUACUUUGUUUACGUCCCGCUGCUGGACUGACAGCUGUCGGAAAGCUUUACGCACAUGAACAUUCGUAACUGCGUGUCUGUCGUGGUUGCCCGCAACUUGGUGAACUUUUGUUUUGAAAUGCUAAGGAUGGAGCGUUUUGUUGAAUGAGAAGGAGAGUCGCUAGAUGCCGACAGGAGGAUGAACUCCAUCACCGGUCGGGCUCUUGCUAUCCCCGCCGCCUCUGUCACCAACUCUGGAGCUUCAUCCUCUCGAGCCCUGCAUGUGGAGCUCACAUCCCAGCAGAGACGGUUGCGUCAUCUCCGGAGCAUCGCUGCCAGGAACAUAGUCAACAGGAAUGGUUCUCCACUGCUGGACACUUACUUCACCCUCCACCUCUGCGUAGGAGACCGCAUUUCUAGAGAUUUUUACAAGAGUGAAGUCAUUCGAGACUCACUGAACCCGACCUGGCGAAGCUUGGACUUUGGUAUGCUCCCGGACCUCCUGGAUACUUCAGUGUCUUGCUUUGUGGUUCGGAUUUGGGGAGGGCAGCAGGAGCAGUACCAGCUCCUCAUUGAGUGGAAGGUCAACUUGGACGGCCUGAGAUACACAGGGCAACAGAUUCGAUCCAGAUACCCAAAUGAGAUCAUAUUUGGGCUGAAUGAUGGCUACUAUGCAGCUGACUUUGAUCACAAGGAUUCGUCGGAGCGGAAGAAUUACAGUCUGCUUCAGGUCGACCAGAGUUCAGUCAGGAACUCCUACAGCUUUUUUUCUUUGCUCAGGCUUCACACAGCACAGAGAGCCAUCAAGCAGACCCAAGUGACAGUUCAGAGGUCCGGCAAGGAGAUUGAGGAAAAACUAAGAACAACUGCGGCUUGCACUGAGCGGAAGAAGGAGCGGGAGUGCAUGCAGCUGCGCAUAGCUGUGCUCUGCAGCGAGCUGCAGCGGCAGAAGAAGGCGCUUGGCAGGGAAAUAGACGUUCGGCAGAAGGAGAGCGCACAUCUACAGAAGAAAGAGGAAGCGUUUUCUUCUCAGCACGAAAGUCUGAAGGAGGAGAAAGAAUCCCUAACAAAGUUGCAGAAGGAAUGUACGGCCAAGAGAGAGCAGUUCCUCAAAACCAACGCUCAGCUCACCUUCCGCUGUCGUCAGCUCCUCUCUGAGCUCUCCUACAUCUACCCCAUCGAUGUGGUCAAUCAGUCGGAUUAUGUCAUCUGUGGAGUGAAGCUGCCAAACUCGGACGACUUUCAAGCAAAGGACGAUGGGAGCGUGGCGGUCGCCCUGGGUUACACGGCACACCUGGUCCUGAUGAUCUCCUGCUUCCUCCAGCUCCCUCUCCGGUACCCGGUGAUCCACAAGGGUUCCCGCUCCUCCAUCAAGGACACCAUCACUGACAGACUCUCCGAGAAGGAGAGAGAAUUCCCGUUGUAUCCUAGAGGAGAGCGCUUUCAUUUUGAAUAUGGCGUCUACUUGCUAAACAAGAACAUCGCCCAGCUGAGAUAUCAGCAUGGUUUGACCACCCCGGACCUGCAGCAGACGCUUCCCAACCUGAAGAACUUUCUGGAGCACGGCCUGAUGGUGCGAUGCGACCGACAUCACGUCUCCAGCUCGAUUCCAGUGCCCUCCAAGUCGCAGCUGGGCGUGUCCGCCGCCUCAGAAACGGGCUACCCUCACCACAACAGUUCUCCGGACCAAGGCCCGAGGAAGAGGGCGAGCUCGGAGGCCGAGGCGCAGCUCAAGUACAAGCCAACGCCUUCCCCAAACAACAAGGCAGCCGCAGGGGAAGAGCGGCCUCCAGCUAACCUGACACCACCUUCACCGGCACCAAAGCAUGUGUCCUCGUCGCUUGACGCCAGCACGGCCAACAAGGCGGAGGAGGAAGAGGAGGAGGAGGAGGAGGAGGAGGAGGGGGAGCAGCAGGCUGGGCCCAGAGAGGUAGAGGAGAAAAAUAAAACCGCUGGCGUAGGGUGGGAAGCAGAUAAACAAAAAGAAUCUGAGGAACGGCCGGCCAGUAGCGCAGGGGCAUCCAGUUCCUCCGCAGUGCAGGAAGCUGGAGAGGAAAUUGUUUCCAGUAACCAUACAGGCGCAAUGAACGGCUCCCUGGCAACAGGUCAGGCGCUGUUAGGCCUCGUCCCGGAGUUGCACUGCUCCGUGGAGCAAGCUGAGGAGAUCAUGGGCACAGAGGCCACGGGGCUGGGCUUAGGGGUGGGGCUGGGUUUAACAGAUGAGGCCCGGCUGGACGACUACCACUGCAUUCCUGUGGACCACGCGGUAGCCGUGGAGUGCGACGAACAGGUGCUGGGCGAGCUGGACGUGGCAGGCUUCGAGGAGUUCAACAGGCGCAUCUAUGCACUAAACGAGAACAUGUCCAGCUUCCGCCGGCCGCGCAAGAACUCUGACAAAUGAGAUUUGGGAGGGGAGGAGAAGGGCAGAAGGCCACAGGGAGUCUUGGUAAAACUUGCACAUCGUCUGAA